CUCUGCAACCCAUACCCUCUCUUCUGUCUCUCUUUCUUCUGCUUAAGCUUUAGCUACCAAACAUUAACUCACUUAUUACAGAGUUCUUCUUCAUAAACAGAGUACUCUGUUUCUGUUCCUUCUUCAUCUUCCUACACGUACAAUCUUUAAGAUUCUCCCCUUUAACUCAUACUUUUUUAAGUGAGUUUAUUGUUAAAAAGGAGUACAAAAAUGACAAAGCAGAAUGUGGUACUUGACCCAAAAUCUGGUAUCAACGUGACGCUUGCGAUGGCCAUGUCGAAAUCUUCUUCAAUUUUAACGAUGGCGGCGCAGAAGCCACCGGCAGCACCUAGUGGGUGCAUUACCAUUUCAAGGAAAAAGCGUGUCAGUAACAUUGAAAUCAAUGGUGAAGAAAGAAUUAACUCUUGGCUUGACUCAAUGAAAGCCUCUUCACCUACACAUAUCAAAGCCACACCUUUAGCUGAUCGUGACCCCGGCUCUUUUAUUGUUCGUCAUCCUUCAGCCUUGGAUAAGUUUGAGCAAAUUAUUGAAGCUUCAAUGGGAAAGAAAAUAGUCAUGUUUUUGGACUAUGAUGGUACACUUUCUCCAAUAGUGGAUGACCCUGACCGAGCUUUCAUGUCUGAAGAUAUGAGAAAAACUGUGAAAAAAUUAGCAAAGUGUUUUCCCACCGCUAUAGUGACUGGGAGGUGCAGAGAUAAGGUGUAUGAUUUCGUACGCUUAGCUGAGUUGUACUAUGCCGGAAGUCAUGGCAUGGACAUUAAAGGACCAGCAAAAGGCUCCAAACACAAGAAAGGUAGUAGUGUUCUGUUCCAACCCGCCAGUGAAUAUCUUCCUAUGAUAGAUGAGGUUUUCAAACUAUUGGUAGAGAAAACCAAAUCAACUUCUGGGGCUCAAGUAGAGAAUAACAAGUUUUGUGUCUCUGUUCAUUUCCGACGUGUUGAUGAAAAGAUAUGGUGUGAACUUGCUGAACAAGUUAAAUCAGUACUAAAAGAGUACCCAAAGCUUCGACUUACCCAAGGACGAAAGGUGCUAGAAAUUCGUCCUACAAUCAAAUGGGACAAGGGGAAGGCUCUUGAAUUUUUGUUGGAGUCACUCGGAUUUGCCAAUUCUACCGAUGUUUUUCCUGUUUACAUUGGAGAUGAUCGCACUGAUGAAGAUGCAUUCAAGGUAUUAAGAGACAGAGGACAAGGUUUUGGCAUUCUUGUCUCCAAGUUUCCAAAAGAAACUAGUGCAUCUUAUUCUUUACAAGAACCAAGCGAGGUUAUGGACUUUUUGCAACGCUUGGUCCAAUGGAAACGACUACAUAGGCAAUCCGGGGUGUAAAGUGAUAUGUACCCCCGCAACUUUUUUCAAGAAAUGUAUAUGGGUGGAAAAAUAACAUGUAUUUAUAUUUAGUAUAGAAGAGGUAAAGAAGGAGAGGGGAAAAAAAUGACAAGGAAACAGAACAUAGUUGUAACCUUUUCUUGUCUUGAAGGCCUUGUGUAUCUUCUAACUACCUUUGUACAAGAAAAAAGUGAAAAACUACUUUUGUAUAAGGGAAGAAAUUGUAGUGAGAAAGUUAUCUAAAUGCAUAAAAAUUUUACUCUA